GAGAGAGAGAGGAGGAGACUGGAGCAUUCACAGCAACACGCCGAGAGGAAAACAGUCACUCACCAAAGAGGAGACAGAUCAGGACGGAGCAUCUUCUUCUGCAGCGACAGACUCUGCAGAGAUGGACGUCACCUCCCGCCCUCAGUUGUUGGUCUGUGUGUACCUGGCGGCCGUGCUGAUUGGCGGAGCCCACUCCGAGGGGUUGUGUCUUCAAGACGGCAAACACAAGGCGUCCCCGGGCCCGGAGCCCCACCUGAGGGACUGUGCCCUGUACGCCGACAACAGCUGCUGCACGGAGGACAACAUCCAGGACGUCUCCCACGUCCCCUCCGCCAGCAACGAGAACCAACCCUGGGACAAGUGCGGGCCCCUGAGCUCCGAGUGUGAAGGUUUCCUGAAGCGCGUGUCCUGCUUUUACCGCUGCUCCCCCGACGCCGCCCGCUGGCCUCACCCCCACCGCCGCUCGUACAUCCAGGCCGUGCCGCUCUGCCACAGCUUCUGCCGUGAUUGGUUUGACGCCUGCAGGAUGGACAUGACCUGCGCUCGUAACUGGGCCAGAGACCCCCGGGGACAGAACUGCACUGGAUCCUGUGUCCAGUAUCAGCAGAUGUACCAGCACGGCAGGGACCUGUGUGAGAGCCUGUGGGGAGACGCCUUCAUGGCGGUGGAGGACGACCCAGAGGACGUGGGAGAGGCCGGAGACGUGGGGACGGAGGGGGACGGCGGGCGCCCCUGCGGCUGCCUGACCCUCAGCCCCUCAGACAAGGACGUGAUCGCCGCCCUCAGGGCUCAGCGGGACGACCCCGAGGAGCUGGACACCACCAAGACGGGCCUGCCCCAGUACCGCGCCCCCUGCCAGACCAAGCUGCCACUGCAGGCCAGGGGCGGCAGGAAGGGGAACUCCGUGCUGCGUAAGCGCUCGCUGGUGGUGGACGACGUGGAGGGCAGCGGCAGCGGCUUGUAGAGCGGCGAGAGAGAGAAGGGAACACGUUUAGAUUUACAUGUCUAGAUCCUAAUGUCAGAAGUCUCUCGAGAGGGGGUGGUCAUUAACCCGCUCCUGUCAUUAACCUUACGACACAAACCUGAGCUCCCAUUCUCAUGAUCAUAGAAUCCAUAAUGGUUUUAAAUAGUUCUGUGUGAGGCGGAGGGGAAACACGGCGUCUCCGGUUCUAUAGAACAGCCUCAGCAGAAAAGAGUAACGAGUAAACUGUGGUGUUUGUGUAAGGGCCUCGGUCACAUGACUCGGUGUCAAGGGAUGUUUGCACAAAUUAUCUUAAAAGGUGUUUUUUUUAAUCGAAGUUAGUCUUUUAUUUUUGUUGUAUGUCUCAAUGCUCCAGUUUGAGGUGUGUGGAGUUUCUCACGUCAGCCACGCCCCCUAAUCACAAGCCCACAUGGGACCGAUCAACCAAUCACACUCCACUUGUCUCGGUGUCUCCAAUCCACCCUUUACCUUUCCUGGAGAGAGUAAAAAAAAGAGACUCAAUCCACAUUCCAUCCUUCCUUCUCCCCUUCAUCCCUUUAUCCUCCUUCCUUCAACCCUACAUCCAUCUUUUCAUCUCUCAUCCCUUCAUCAUCCUUCCAUCAUCUCAACCCUCAUCUCUUCAUUCCUCUUCCCCUCAUCUUCUCUUCCCUCAUCUCUUCAUCCUCCUUCCCUCAUCCCUACCCUCAUCUCUUUAUCUCUAUUCCACUCAUCUUCUCUUCCCUCAUCUCUUCAUCCUCAUCCCUUCAUCAACCUUCCCUCAUCUCUUCAUCCUCCUUCUCUCAUCCCUACCCUCAUCUCUUCAUCCCUCUUCCCCUCAUCUUCUCUUCCCUCAUCUCUUCAUCCUCAUCCCUUCAUAAACCUUCCCUCAUCUCUUCAUAAACCUUGCCUCAUCCCUACCCUCAUCUCUUCAUCCCUCUUCCCCUCAUCUUCUCUUCCCUCAUCUCUUCAUCCUCAUCCCUUCAUAAACCUUCCCUCAUCUCUUCAUAAACCUUGCCUCAUCUCUUCAUCAACCUUCCCUCAUCUCUUCAUCCAUCUUUUUAUCUCUCAUCCCUUCAUCCUCCUCCCUCAUCCCUUCUUCUUAUCUUCCCACUUCCCUUCAUCCCUUCAUCCUCCUUCCCUCAUCCCAAUCAUCAUCCUUUCAUCCUCCUUCCAUUCCUCCUUCCCUCAUCCCUACAUUCAUCUCUUCACCCUCAUCUCUUCAUCCUCUUUCCAUUCCUCCUUCCCUCAUCUCUUCACCCUCAUCUCUUCAUCCUCAUCCCUUCAUCCUCAUUCCCUCCUCCAGAGACUCCUCUUCACCUCGACCCCGUCACUCGACAUCCAGUCAUUUCUCCUCUUCAUCCAAAAUCAAUGUCCAUUCAAACCCUGGAGUCACAUGUUGUCGAGUGGAGGUUGUUGCCAGAGAAUCAAAUGCUGAUGUGACUGUUGUGAUGAUGAUGAUGAUGAUGAUGAUGAUGAUUGUAACUGAGGCUGAUGAAGAUGAUGGAUGACACACCUGAUACCUGAGGGGAGGUUUCCAUGCACAGAAACACACACACACACAACAAAGCUUUGGAUCAUCAGUGCACGGUGGAUGUUCCUUUUAUAAUCACGUUGUGUAUCUCUAGAGAGAGGCACUGUUAGAUGUAAAUGUUUUGUAAAAAUAAACAAAGGAUUCUGAUUCAUGUGAUUUAUGGUGAAGCUGAUGAAAGUGAUGUUUCUGUGCUUUUCUUUCUCAAUAAAAACAAAAUUUCUAAAUGUC